UUAUAGUGCUGGCUGAUCUAAAUCCAUGGAGAUUAACCUAUCGGCUUUAUUGUUGGAACGAAAUUUACCUAAAGCGAAAUUUGGUUGUUUGCCAUACGGCUUAUAUCCUUCGUCAAGAGCGCAGGUAAGCAAAACACCAUGAAACUUCUACUGUUGACUUUGUUCGUCGCGGUGGGCUUCGCCAACCCCAUCCCCACGGAUCCCUCCGGCGAUGCCGUGGAGGUGGUCGUCAACGGCCUUGCCGAGGGCGAGGCUCUGGAAAUCGGGCACAUCGUCGACGUCAAAGUGAAGGAAAUCGUGGAUGGGGAGGUCGCCGCCGUCUCUAACGCUCUCCAUCCGUUCACGGCCCAAGGUCUGGCCGAGGCUGCCGCCAUUGCCGAAGCUGAACAAGCUGCUGCUGUGCCUGCCAUCCCUGAAGUUAUUGUGCCUGAGCCCAUCGUUAUCCCCGAGCCUGUUCAACCUGAGGUUAUCCCCGCUCCUAUUGUUCUGCCUGAGCCUUCUGUACCUGAAGUGGUCCUGCCUGAACCCGCCGUCCCUGAGGUUAUCGUUCCUGAGCCCAUUGUCCUGCCUGAGCCCGCUGUCCCUGAGGUCAUCGUCCCUGAGCCCAUCGUGCUGCCUGAGCCUGCCGUACCUGAAGUGGUCCCUGAGCCCAUUAUUAUACCCGAGCCAGCUGUCCCUGAGGUCGUUGUCCCUGAACCAGAACCCGUUGCCGUCGUCGACCUUCCCGAGGUUGCCGACGCUCCCCAGGUCAACGGCGAGGUGUUCAACAACGGCAUCGUCUCCAUCACGGUGAACACACCCGAGGACGCUGGCGUCAUGGCUACGCUCUCCUCCUGGGUCAGCAUGAUGGUCAACUACGUCCACAGCGGAAUUGCUUACACUCAGCAACUCAUCUAAACUGUUAAAUAAAAUCCGUCAUACUUUGGAUUGUUUGUAAUCAGUAUAUUGACUUUAAGAUACAUUUGGCGGAUA